AGUCAUUCUUGUUUAUUUAUCUGCAAAUUAAUUUGUAAGAACGGGCCUUUUUAUGGUGAAGCACGGGCAUGAGGCGUGCGCCUGCCAAUGUUGUCACGUAGCCGGCCGGUUAUGGAAUGCAACGCAAGAGUUACCAGUGCACGCCAGAUCCAUGCUUGCUUCAGCUACCCAACAAGAAAAGGAGGGAGAUGGUUGGAUGUGCAACCGCUUUCCACCGUUAUCUGCUCAAUGCCGUGACAGCAAAAACACACACCAUCUUUUUCCCUUCCAGUUUCAUCGUAUCGCCGUUUCACACGCAGAUCGCGUGGCGGAGAGCCUUGCGCGGCGAUAGCGGCAAUUUCGCCCCAUCCGAUCCUAGCAUCUCUUAUUUAAGCAUACCAUCUGCCUUUUCUCCCUCCAAUAGAAGAGCUCGGUUCAUCAUCCACUACCCUCAACGGAACCAUCACCCUCAUCCACUAGCAACAGGAAAUGGCGCAUUUCUGGAGUGUCGCGGCGGCCGAGCUCACCGGCAGCCACCUCGACGAGGUCAAGCGCAUGGUGGCGCGAUUCCGUGAGCCUGUCGUCAGGAUCCUGGCGGCCGGCCUCAGCGUCGGCCAGGUGGCUGCCGUUGCACACGCCAAGGACGCGGGCAGCGUCACCGUCGAGCUCGCCGACGAGGCGCGCGUCCGCGUCCAGGCCUGCAGCGACCGGAUCGUCGACUCGGUGGCAAACGGCGGUGACAUCUACGGCGUCACCACGGGCUUCGGUGGCACCUCCAACCGUCGCACAAAAGAUGGGCACAGCCUCCAGGUCGAGCUUGUGAGGAUGAAGAUGUAUGAAAUGAGAAAAGGUGGACGCUAUGGCAUUGGGUUCAUUGACCCA